UAGCCUGCCUUUCCUUUUAUCUUCUUAUCUUCAUCGAUUCGAUUCCAAAUCGGAGGAUGACGUCGUCCCUCACCUCCUCUCUGCAAGCUCUCAAGCUUUCGUCUCCGUUCGCCCAUGGCUCCACUCCACUCUCAUCUCUCUCUAAGCCCAAUUCCUUCCCGAACCAUAGAAUGCCCGCUUUAGCUCCGGUCAUCAGAGCGAUGAAAACGAUGCAGGGGCGCGUGGUGUGCGCAACCAGUGACAAGACUGUGGCGGUGGAGGUGACGAGACUGGCUCCCCACCCCAAGUACAAGAGGCGCGUGAGGAUGAAGAAGAAGUACCAAGCUCAUGACCCCGAUAAUCAGUUCAAGGUUGGCGACGUCGUCAGGCUGGAAAAGAGCAGACCCAUCAGUAAGACUAAAUCAUUUGUGGCGCUUCCUGUCGUCCCUAGGGCCGCUAGGAAAGCCGAAGCCGGAGCAGGUGACCUCCUUGGCAUUCCCUUGGAGUCUCAGCAGCCGGCGUAGAGACUUGAUUGCUCUUUGUUUCUUUUGGUAAAGCUGUCUUUUUUUUUCUUCCGGUUUCCGAUGCUCUGCUUCUGUCUGUUUGUUGCGUAUCCCCCCGAACCUGUGUAAUUUAUGGAAUGCUUUUGUGAUUUCAUCUCUUAUGCCAUCAAUGUUGUUUUGCUGUUGAUUCAUCUGAAUUAUGUUUGUUUUGCGAUUCCAACUACUGUAUCUCUUCUUUCUC